UUGGCAGCUCCCGGGAUUUUCUCUCUCCUCCUUUUUUUUCCUUUCCCAGCCGUGUCCGGGCCCGCCGGAGCCUCCCCGGCCGGGAGUGGCCCAGGCUGGGCUAUAAAUGGCCACGCUCGGGGCGAGUUAAUUUUCCGCCCUGCCCGAACUCCUCCGUGCCCUCCGAGCUCUCGGCUUGUCGCUGUCCCCAUGGCGUGUCCCCUGGAGCAGGCGCUGGCCGUGAUCGUCGCCACCUUCCACAAAUACUCGGGCAACGAGGGCGACAAGUACAAGCUCAACAAGGCCGAGCUUAAGGAGCUGCUCCAGAAGGAGCUGCCGAGCUUCAGCAAACAAACCAGCGAGGCGAGUUUGCAGCAGCUCAUGAACAACCUGGACUGCAACAGCGACAGCGAGGUGGAUUUCCAGGAGUACGUGACCUUCCUGGCAUGCAUGGCCAUGAUGUGCAAUGAUUUCUUCCAGGACCUGCCGGACAAAAUGCCGCGCAGGAAAUGAGCCCAGGGCGCUGUGCCCACCCCGGGUGUUCCCCCGAUGUCAUUUCAAUAAAAUUUGAUUAAUUAGUG